CAACACUGGUCCUCUUUGCAGAGCCAUUCGCCGAUGCAACAUUCGUGAAAUUGUUGAAAACUAUUACUUUUAACGUGGAGUCGCAGCUGCAAAACGUAAUUGCGCCAAAUAAGUUCGGUUUUUAAGGCGUGACGCGUGUGUUUGUCUGCCCAAGGCGACGAUUCAACACAAUUUCGGGGCGUGUUUGGAGCGAGAAAAUGGAAAACGCAUGUUUCGUGCUCAGAUAAGGCCCAGCUGUGCGUCGGUCUAGCUCAAAUUGCAACAAAUUGUGGAAAGCAUCCGGCUAGAUUCACAAAAACAAACAAGACAGCGAUAGACAAGCAACUGAAAGCAGGACAUACAGUAACAACAACAGCAACAAGACACGACUAAAGCAACUACGAUCCAAUUUGAUAUCAAUACACAAAAAGAACAACAAAACAAAAAAACAAAAACAACAUGCACCCACUGCAAAGUAGUUAAAUAAUUCUGCCCUGUCUGCGCUUUAUUUCCUCUUCAUUCUUGUACUCGUUUUAAUUUCAACAAGUUUUCUGUUCUCGCUUUCCCCACAUCUCUUUUAAACCAUCCGACGCGCAGUUCUUUUUUCGUUACUACUUCACCACAACAGCAACAAUAAAAACAAUACACACACACACACAUACACACUUACACGAUUGACUCUCACACAGACUCUCACGCAUACAACGACAAUUACUUUUGCUGUGACGCAGCAGCAGCCACCAAAAAAGCACCUGCAAAAGCGGCACGAGACCAGCGAACAGCGACCGGCUCCCAGUGCAGCUGUCAUAGCGCAACAACAACAACAACAGCAGCAGCAGCAGCAGCAGCAACAACACACUUGUUGCAAACGCAGCAAAAGCAACACACAGAAAGAGAGAGAGACAGAGCGAGAGAGUGAGUGAUAGAGAGAGCGGCAGAGACAGUACGGGAGUGGGAGUGGGAUAGAGACGACAAAGCGGCUCUGUCCUCUUCUCUCUCUGUAUAUAAAGUGCCUAAGCAGUUAGCUAUCUACGUUCAUUGCCGCCGUACUUACAAGACUCAAAGAUGGUCAAGGAGAAGCCAAACUCGACGCGCAUCUAUGAUAAGGAUGGCUUCAGGCGACGCGCCGCUUGCAUUUGCGUGCGCUCCGAGAAUGAAGCGGAGGUUCUGCUGGUGACUUCUUCGCGUCGUCCAGAGCUGUGGAUUGUGCCAGGCGGCGGGGUAGAGCCAGAGGAGGAGCCACCCGUCACCGCUGUGCGAGAGGUACUCGAGGAGGCCGGCGUUGUUGGCAGCCUGGGACGUUGUCUGGGUGUCUUUGAGAAUAAUGAUCAUAUGCAUCGCACCGAGGUGUUUGUCAUGAAUGUGACCCAGGAACUGGAUGAAUGGGAGGAUUCACGUAGCAUUGGACGUAAAAGACAAUGGUUCACGAUCGAUGAUGCCUUGUCACAGCUGGCGCUGCACAAGCCCACCCAGCAGCAUUAUCUGAUGCAGCUGCAACUCUCGAAGACGCUGGAGAAUGCCAAUACGCCCGGUCGGGUAGUGAAUGCCACGCAUCCGCCCAUUUUGACCAACGCACCCUCAGCGGCAGCAUCGCCAACAACGGCAUAAAGAUAAAUACAGAAGGAAUUAUCACACACACACAUAUACCCACACACACACGCACACACAACAUACACAUACAAAACACACACACUCACUUUUUGACAUUUUGGAAAUUUACAAUUAGACAGGCAGUAAAUUCAUUUCGGUAUGUUUAAACCAUUUACCUCUCCCUGCACCCACCCCCGCUCUCCAUUGCAAUGCUGUCAGCAUUCAGCUGCAAGCAUCCUUUUCGAGUUUAGUUUAAGUCGAGCGCUUCAUUUAUGUUUUUAGAAAUUGUAUUGAGAAACAAUAUGUAUGUACUUUAAAUAAGAGAAGGCCUAAUACGAGCAGAAACAGAAACAAAUUGAUAAAGCAUAUAAAAACGAAAACUAAAUUAACUUAAAAAACUUAAAAAGAAGAAGAAAAAAACGUAAUAAUUUUUGAGCGCAUAGGGCACUUUUUGCAAAACGAAAUACGUGUACUAACAGAAAUUAUGAUAUCUAUUAGAUUUUUCUACUCUUUUUUAUAAUUUACUCAAAAACAUCUUGAUUAUUGUAAUAAACAAUUGGAAAUGGCUUUAAAGAAGCGCUAAAAUUUAUUAAUUAUGCUAAGCGGCCUAAACAUAAUAAAUAAUAAAAAAGAAAAAAUUAAUACAAAAAUUGAAACGAAAUUAUCUAAAUAAUAUCGUUUUACAUCUGCAACAGUUAAACAAUUACAACUUUGUUUGCAGAUAAAUCCUUAGAGAACUAAAAUAAUUAACAAAAGUUGCCUAUGCAAAAAGAUUAAGCACACAUAAUAUAAACAAAUAUAGGUUAUGCCGUAUGUGAACUUUAAAGUCUGCAGCGCCCAUAACAAAACGUUAACUUAUUGUAAUAAAAAUUUGAAAUUAGUGAAACCAGAAAACAUUAAUACAAAUAUGAUAAAUAAAGAAAACAACUAAAUAAACUAUAUACUAACAAUAAGUUAUGUGCACGCUGUACUUUUCAAAAAUACAAAGUAAACGUCAACAAAAAGAAAAGCGAAAAAAAAGAAAUAUAAUUUAAAAAAAAAAAACAACUUAAAAUGUCAAUGUGAUAAAUGCUAAUCAACACUUUUAUGUAACUUUUUUGGGAUACACUUACUUUUGGCACAUUUAAAGACAACAAAAUUUAAGUUCAAGAUUUAACGCUCAAGAUUAAUUGACUUUCAAUAAAAAUUCGAAAUAAUUUGCAGAAGAAAAACAUUUUCAUCGGCAAGCUAAACAAUAGAGCCACAAAUUGUUGCAAUUAAAGAACAAUGAUUUACGAAAGCGAAAAUAGAAAUAAAAUAAAGACACAAAAACCAAAACAA